AUGACGUCUUCAAGAAAGACAUGGUACGACGGAAUUCUUCUGGAGGAGCUAGACGGACGUGACAAAGAUUUCAAAUACGCCAGUGACAAAAUGAGUAAAACAAUAGGCCACGACGAUGUGACCAGCUACAACAUUUUGAAGGUGAUCCGCAUCAGUAACAAUGACACGUGGCCGGCAUAUGAGCAACGCCGGAAAGAGAUUUACAACGACCUUGGCAAGCAGGUGGAGGAAAAAAGACUUUUCCACGGCUCCCCCAAUGCUGAUAUCAUCGCCAGGGAGGGAUUCGACCGCGGAUUUGCUAGACAGUCGGGAAUGUUUGGAAAUGGAGUAUAUUUUGCGGAGCACUCCUCAAAGAGCAACAACUGCGCGUUCGGCAACCACCAGCCCUGCCCGACACACAGAAACAAAAAGUGCAGCGUGUGCGUCCGCAAAAUUCUCAUCUGCAAGGUUGCCCUGGGCCGAAUUUAUGAGACGAACCAGUCAACCGUAUCGGCGCUGCCCGCAGGUUACCACUCGGUCAAGGCCAAUUCUGGACCACUUCUCCUGUUCCCUGAGUACGUCAUUUACGACGAUAAACAGGUCUACCCUAGAUACCUGAUCGAGUAUACAACUAACUAUGCUCCUGAAUCUUGGUGCACUAUUGUUUGAUUUGUUAUUUUUUUAUAUAUAUGUGUAUUAAAAAAUCUAAAAGUCUACUUGCAAUUAGAUAGCUUUUAAUAUUAUAUUUUCUGCAGUAUAAUAAUUAUACCUUUUAUUGUACAAAAAUUAUAUCCUAGUAAAAAAUUGCCUCUGAUUUUCCUAAUUGCUUUUUUCUAAGAAGCUCAAGCUUUUU